AUGGAAACGCUCAGCAACCUGGCAACACAGGCGGCCCAGGCGGUCAAUCAAGUCUUGCCCACCGGCAGCGCCGAGGAGCCCGUGUCUGGAGUUAGGGGGAACACUGAUCAGGGCGAGCCUUUCGAUGCUGGAAACAAGGAAAACUACGAAGUUUCCAAUGCCGGUGCCAGAACUACGGGAGAAACUGGCAGUUACUCAUCGGGACGGGCUUCAGACCAAAAAGGCUCCGGAGACUUUUUGAGUAACGAACCUCUUAUUGGUAGCGGUGCUAGAGAAAAUGGCAACUACUCGGGAGAACAUACUUCAGACCAAACUGGCUCUGGAGGAUACCUAAGUAACGAGCCUCCUAUCGGUGACGGUGCUGGAGAGACUGGCAACUACCCUGGAGGACGUACUUCAGGCCACACUGGCUCUGGAGGACUAUCUUCCAAGGAACCCCUCGUCGGAGCCACCGCCGGAGAGACUGGCAACUACUCUGGGGCACGCGGUAGCGGCCAGACCGGGGAACCCCAUACUGCCAGCACUGCGGGCGGUACUGACAGCUACUCCAGGGAACGUCCCGUCACAAGCCACUCUGGCGCCAGAGGACUGUCUGGCAAAGAGCCCCUAGCUGCCGCUGCUGCCGGGGGCACUGGCAGUCUGGCUGGAGGACGUUCUACGACCGGCUCUGGCCCUGGGAAUCGUUCUAGCAAGGAACCCCUAGCGGCCGGCGCUGCUGGUGAGCCCAGUGUGUCUGAGGGACGCCCUCCAAGCCACGCUGAAACGGGGGGACCGUCUACCCGCCGCACCCAGACAGAAGACCUCCCGACUGCUCCGUCGGGAGACCUCUCAACCACCCGCUCUGGCGGGUCUGCCGGCGGGCCUCCGGGUGUACCGUCUAGCAGCGCCAUCCCCGGCGGCCCCAAUGACCCGUCCGUCCCGGACUCGCAGGAGAAGGGCACAGGCGAGAAAUAUGUUCGCAGCUCCGGCCUGCAGGCCGAUGGAGGCGAUUUUGACGCGGCCAAUCCGGGCGCUGGACGGGAAGCCGAGAGACUCCUUGAAGAGAAGGGCCUGCACCUGGGGCCCGACAAGAAGGGCGACACCCCUGCCGGCGCAGCCGAGACCAACAAGGAGAGUAAGGGUGGCCUCGCGCAGAAGCUCAAGGGCAAGUCUGGCCACGCUUGA